AAGCCAAAAAUCAAUACAAUAGGUACCUAGGUAGGUAGUUGGUAACUCAAUGUGUAACUCAAAAAUGUAAACAACUAUCAAAAUACAAUUAUUUUUUGUGGGAAAAUCUAAAAUAUUGAAGCACAAACUAAUAUGCGGUGGAGUGAGUCGGUAACUUUAGAGUUCGUGAAGUUAUAUUUGAAACACGAAUGCCUGUGGAACCCCUCUCAUUCUGAUUACAAACUGAAAUAUGCGCGCAACAAAGCUUACGAGGAUAUUAUCUCUGACUUUAAAAUCGCUACAAACAAAACUUUGACUCUCAUAGAAGUCAAAAUGAAGAUAAGAGCUCUAAGAACUACCUACUCACAGCAAGUGCAAAAAAUUCUUCAAAGAUCUGCACCUGAUUCUAUAUAUGAGCCGUCAUUAGUUUGGUUCAAUGAAAUGGACCAAUGCUUAAAACACAUCUCCCCAAUUAGCAGGCAAUCACACAGUAAUGACUCAUCUGAAAUGAACCCACAGCAAAUAUGGUUAAAUCAUGAGUUACAAAAUGGUAGUUUGGGAGAAACUACCACGGAUCCUAUUGUAUCACAAACCGAUGAUGAAUUUGACACUGAGAAACAGAAAGAAUCUGAAUCAUCAAAUAGGAAAUCAAAAUUCAGGAGAAAUAAAAAGAAAAAAAAUAAGCCUAGAAAUUCUAUAGAUUCCACCGAUUCAAUUUCAGAACAGAAUGAUAUCCAAGAGGAUGAGUUUGAUGUUUAUGGAAAGUACAUAGCCACUCAAUUACGGCAAAUGAGUAUACAGAGAGCCUUGAGAGUUCAACUUGAGAUACAAAACCUUGUUAGUGAAGCUAGAAUAUCUGAAAUUUGUAAUGGUUAACAAGGCAAAUACUCAAUGGGCAAGAGUACAACUCUUAAAAUAAGUAGGAAAAAAUACAGCAUGUUCAAACUGCCAUCAAUUUAACUGAUAAUGUUUGUUAACAAAUAAGUUUAAUUCCAUUUUAUGGGCUAGUUAUUUUAAAAUAUAGUCUUAGUUGUAAAGAUGUACCAAUGUAGAUUUUCUGCAUAAAACUGAUCUCAUAAACCUGUUCAUAUUUGUAAAUAUAUUUUUUAUGUUAGCCAUGCA